AUCGACGCCAUCUUGGUUACAGCCAGCUGUUUGUUCAAACCUUCCUUACUCUUCUUAAGCAGAGAUACACGACAUGCCGGCGUCUCGCUCUCGAUCGAGAUCGCCGAGGAGGAUUUCGACUUCAUCAAAACCGAAUUCUCGUGAGCUUAUCACGAUUAAAACCGAAAAAGACUCCGAAAAUAGCACAAAUAAGAACACUGACUCUUCAGCUUCCCAGAGCACUAAACCAAGUGAGAAGCCUUUCCGAAAGCCAUUAGAAUCGUCAGCCUCCAAAAGUAGCAGCGCGAGCAAUUGGAGUUCAUCACACAAAACUAAGGAGAGAAAGUUUUCCGGACGAUGUAGGCUUUUCGUGGGGAACCUGACCAACUGCGACGAGAAGGAGCUUAGGGAUAUGUUUGAAAAGUAUGGAGAGGUGGCAGAGGUUUUUGUAAACAAGGAUAAAGGAUUUGGUUUCGUGAGACUGGUUAGUAUCAAUAGAAACGAAUUUAUGAAAUAUUUACAUGUGAAUGUAAACUCAGGGCCAUAGUAUUUCAGCAUUUUUUUGGGAUUGUACAAUGCGAGGAAGCUUUCCAAAACGUCGGAUAGCGGAGAGCUUCCACGAUAUGAGGACAAAGACCAAAUUUACCUUUAACUUUGUUUUAUUUGUGCAUUUCCUCUCCAAUGUCUCGAAAGAUCAGUUAUACAUAAUUUAUAUUUUCAAUUUUGUCUGUACGAGGAUAAGUUGGUCAUCUGAAAAUUUGAGUGCUUGGUUUGAAAAAAAAAAAAAAAAAAAAGGUACCUUGCAUGGAAUUUUUUCCUUAAAUUUGAGACAGACCAAUUAACAUGUACUCAAAAAGGAAUUUACUCAAGUGGUUUUCUUAGCAAUAUGCCCAUGGUCAUAUUAUUAUAGUCAUAAAAUCUUUAAAUUGUGAAAGACUAAGGUAAAACUCAAACCUCCACCCAUAUACUGGUUUGGUGCAACUACAGACUGCACUGUGAACCCAGGUGUUGGCAAGGAAGAAAAUUGAGAUGGAUUCUUGCUGCAAAAGGAAUCGACUUUGCUCAGUUUAAGUCUAAUUUCAACAUCUUUUCAUGAACAUGAAAUUGAGGAAAAAUACUGGAAGACAAGGAGCAUGGAUUGCACAGGAACAUGCUUCAGAAACAUAAUCAUAGUCCAAAAAUUAUCAAAGAUGCUAUGAUUUUUUAAAAACAAGGUAAGAUCUUUGUCUGUCCAUAGGAUACACGUCUGAAUGCAGAAGCUGCUAAACAAGCUGUUGAUAACCAGUAUAGAAAUGGAAGAACUUUGCGUGUGCGAUUUGCCCAACAUGCAGCUGCUCUGAAAGUACUAAAUCUUGGUCCAACAGUCACAAAUGAGCUGUUACAUCAGGCUUUUUCACAGUUUGGUGAUGUGGAGCGAGCCAUUGUUGUCUGUGAUGACAGAGGAAAAUCCAAAGGACAUGGUAUUAUUGAGUUUUCAAGAAAGAACUCUGCUCAAACUGCUUUGCAGCAAGUUAAUGAUGGCUUAUUCCUCCUUGGAAGGUAAUUCGAAAAUUAUGAUGUUGUUUAUUGCUCUUCAAGUUUUAGUGAAAGAGUUCCCUAGUAUGAAUCAAUAGCUUUGGCCAGACUUUGAUGAAAUGUCAUAACCAAGGUACAGCUUUCCAAAUGAGUGAUAAUGCUAGUUAAGUUUGGAUUAUUUUAAUGUGAUCUUGACUCAGUGAUGAAUUUUUUUUUCUGGAAUUACCGUAUGAGGUUUUUUCAAACCCAUGUUUAAAUUUUGGCAUCUGAGAGUCAAAGUCCUUACAAAAUUAAUGUUUACCAAAUAAUGAUUACUACUGAUCUAAAUCUUAUUUUUUGGAUUGUUUUCAGAAUCCCAUGUCCUGUAUCUGUCAAACAGUUAGAGCAUAUAGAAGAUGAAGAUGGUAUUUUAGAUGAACAUAUGAAGAGAAAUCCUGCAUUUCAAAAGUAAGAAAUGGCAUAAGUGUUUUGUGUAAUCUUGUAUCACUUUGACUAACCCACACCCUUUUUCUUGAUGGUGGGUUGAUAUGCAAAGGGCUUGAAUACCAAAUUUUGUAAAGAAAAUGUUAUUUGAUUCUCACCAUUAUCAAGAAGACCUGUUAUCUGAUGGGGAACAUUUCCCUCAUAGGAAAUUUUUUUUACAGUUUACAAGGAUUAAACAACUGGAUUUGUAGGGAACUACCUAACCAUGUAACUCCCUUGAGCGACCAAGACAGAAUUUCUCUCCAUAAUAAUUAAGGAAUAUCAAGCAGACAAAUAAUGAGAAUGAAUAAAUAUACAUAUCAGGGGAUUAUUAGGCAAUCCAAUACCAAAUUAUCCAAACUUGCAUUAUAAGAAUUGUGUAGCCAGACAGUAAGGAUGAAUACAAAUGUGAUCUUUGGAGUGAAAUGGUUCAUUAAAGAUAAUUGCUCUUUUUUUUGUUGUUGUUGUUGUUGUUGUUGUUUUAAUUUAUGAGUGUGUACGGUGUUUGUUUUUGUUUUUUUUGUACAUUUUCAUUGUUGUUCUGGGUUUUUAACAUGUUUAUUUUAGAGAGAGAGAAGCCCAACCACACUUUGUGUCACCCAACACAUUUGAGUCAGAAUGGGCCCAGAGAUGGCGAGCGUUGGAAGAAAUGGAAGGAUCCCAGAGAGAAGCUCUAGACAAACAGUUUAAAGAAGCUCGCGAUAAAUUGCAAGGGGAAAUGGAUCAGGCUAUCCAAGAACAUGAAGCUGUACUAAUGAGACAAGGUAUCAGCCUAAUGAACAUAGCAUGACAAGAAGUUUUCUUGAGACAAAAUUACAGUGGUUUCUUUGCAUUAUGAUAACCAAUCCAUAUUUAUUUUGCUGUUUCUCCUUUUUCUCAUAGGAUGAAUGAUUAAAAAAAUCCAUUUCCCUUUGAAUAUCUUUAAAUUUGGGCUUUGCUUGUGAUCAUGGUUUGUUUCUACUUUAGAAACAGUAAAGCUUAGAAACAAUACUUUCUAUUUUAGAGCUCAUUAUAAGAUUUGUUCUCUGCUUCUCUGUGAUGAAACAUCUUCUGGAAUUACCGUAUGAAGUUUCUGAAGAAACUAAUGGAUAGAAUGUGGCUUCUGAGAGAGGUGCAGGCUCAACAUACACUUAUGAGAGUAUUGCUUAGCAGGAAGGGUUUUGUUGAGUAACUAAGAAAAUUGAUUGUUUUAGAAAUUCAACGUCGUCAAGAUGAGCUUCGUCGAUUUGAAGAGAUGCGUCAGAAAGAAGAGAUGAUGAGGCAAGCAGAAUUAAGGCAAGGAGAACAUUGUUUUUGAUUCAGCCCUAGAAUUGUUCUUUUUGAAUGACAAGAGUAUGAAAGGUAUAAUUUGGCCAGCUAGUCAGUUUGUAUUGGGGGUAGAGUUGUUGAAAAACUGUGAUAAUCUGGGAACUAGUUUUCCAGACAGGUCUGGUAAGGGUAUGGACAUUUUUUAUCUCCUUAAAAAUGAGAGGAAGUCAUGGUUUACUUGGAUGGUUCGCCUGGAUUGUAGUGAAUUAGGUGGAUGUAUUCCUUGAUAUAUGAUAUGAUUCCAUGUUCAGUGUUUGCUCAAAGGUUGUAGGCACUUCAUGGAAUACCUAAUUGAAUAUUUUCCAAUCCUGCUUUUAACCUGACAGUACACCAUGGUGUUUGGGAUAACCUGACUGGAUAUAUAUAUAUUUAUAUAUAUAUAUAUAUAUUUUUUUUCAUCUGCCAUUUACUUUCAAACUUAUUGACAGCCUUGCAAAUUUCAAAAUCAAUUAUGUAUUAUUUGGACUACAACAUGUAAUGGCAUCUAAUUUCCAGGAGACAAGAAGAAAUGCGUCUUCAGGAAGAAUUGCAGCGGAGGGAAGAAGAGCUGCGACACAAGGAGGAGCUCUUCAGGCAGCAACAGCGAGAACUUCAGAGGCAUCGACAAGAGGACAUGUACUUACAGGUUAAUAAUCUUUUGGGGAUAAAAUAAUGCUAGGUUUAUUUACAUGUGUAUUGUGAGUUAGCCUUGCAAGGGAUUUAGGUCUGGCAAAAGUUUAUUCAAGGACCUGCACCUUGUUGUUAUUUUACCGUGGCCUAUCUCCAAUCUGAGCAUCUCAGUUUCAUCCAUGCCCUCCUCCCUCCCCCCCUUUCCACCUGGUUGUUACAGUUUUUCUCUCAUCCGUGUACAUCGUUGCAUUUUCGCCUCAGGAUUCUAUGCGGCAUAUGGAUACUAACAUCCCACCAGGAAUGCCUCCCAUGGUAUGCUUUCCACAUCCAUUGUGCUUUCUGUUUGUACGUCAGUGGUAGUCCUUGGUUCAGUAAAUUACCACUGCUUUAAAAAGCAUCUAGUACAUUGUGGAUACAGUGUUGCAUGGUCAUCAAGGAUUUCUAAUACAUGAGAAUUACACUCCUUGUGUAGAAUUUGAGUUUUACAAGUUGUUCUUGCAUAUAAGUUGUCUGAAAAAGGAUUCCAGUACUCAUCCAAUUUAGUUAACAUGUUGAUAUAUCAUGAGUUCUGUAUUUGGCCUCAUUUUGUUUUUAUAUUAUUGGGUCAGUGUUAUCAAAAGCGUGCAUGUGAUAAUUUCAGGUGAAUAUACUCUCACAUGCUUUUGAACUAUUUCAAUAUGUUCUAAAAGCAACUAGAUUAGAUUCAUAUUAACCUUAAAAUUGUUGUAGGGUUAUUCUAUCAAUUAUCACACAUAAGUUUUUUUUCCUGUCUGUAGGGACCUCCUGGUGGAGACUGGGGAAGAGGGCGUGGUGGACCACCCCCACGAGGACCACCAGGAAGAGGUGGACCACUAGGCCGUGGAGGGCCAGGCUUUGGUCCUCGUCCACCAGGUCCAGGGAUGGGGAACCCUCCAAGGAUGGGCCCAGGAAUGAUGCCACCUAGAGGACCACCUAUGGGAGGUCCACCUCCAGGCCCUCGUGGACCCAUGGGACCAGGGAUGAGACCUAAUGGGCCGGUAAGGUGUUAAUAUUUAUCCUUUAGGAGGAAUUUGUGUUAAAUUGUGUGAACAGCUCACUAGAUUUAAACAUAUCUCAAGGGUUGUCGCUAAGUGCUGACUGCCAGUGAAAUUUGCAGGUGGAAAAGUACCAUCUUUGUGCUGCCUCACUUGAAAUUUCAGCCAGCAAACCAGCAACCUUGGAUGUAGUGUUCAAUAGAUAAAUGCUGGAAUACAAUUCUCCUAAUGGAGGAGAAAUUUUCUGUGAGCAUGCUUCGUGGGAAUUUUCAAUUGUGUGACUCAGAAGUAAACUUGGUUGCAAAUUGAAGUAGUAAUCAUCUCUCAAGAUAGUUAGUAGAACUAGUACUUUUUUUUCAAGAAAUCAUAGAUAGGCCAUAUUUCAGGUAGUAUUCUGAAGUGAUACAAAUGUGCUUGACAGAAACAUGUAAGGAAGACGUUAAAUUUAUAACUUAAUAACUUGCAAUCCGGCUGAUGGUUUCCUUAGAACUGUUGUGUCUAUUGUUACAUUGAUGUGGAACAAUAAAAAGCCUUCCUAGAAGGCCUUCGUGGUGAUGAGGUUGAACCACCUCUUCAGUAUGUUUACGAACAUGAACCAAAUCUUGCCAAGAUUUGAAAAGCAGUAGGCAACUUUGUUAAUACUGGCGUAAAUUAAGAGAAAGUCAAUACAAAAUAGUGACAUUUUAUGGCCUUAUCAGGGUCAUGAGUGCUUUGUGAAACUUGCUUUACAUCCUGUGCAUAGUUCUUUUUACUGUUAUUUUAUGGCUAUGAUAAAGAAUCGAGACCAAAAACCUGUCAGAAUGGACUGACUCAACCAGAAGUUUUUCAGAAUUUGCAAUCCAGAGUAAUUGAUCUGUGAUGUUCAGAAUCACAGUAAACAUAGAGUAUUGUAAAGCUUUUGCUGUGGAAUGUUCUAAUGAUAUGUUUGCUUUCUGUUUUUGCUGCCAUCUCCACUGUGGAUUUGUUUGCUUUUGGAUUUUCUCUCAUGCAUUGGAUUGUUGGAUCAUGAACUGUAUAUUCAAAAUGAAUUAUCAUUUUCGAACUUUAUUAAAUAAUAAUCCAGAGGCCAAGAUUUGAAAAUGAAAGGGAACGUGAUCGUGAAAUGGUCGAUCGUGAUCGGCUUGCUGCACGCUCACGAGAGCCACCUUCAAGAGACCGUGGAGAUUUCAAGAGACCUCGUUACUAGGCAGGCACACACUAUAAUGACUCUGUCAUAUUGCUGUUCUAUUCAAUACAUUAGUGAAAAUAACUAAAAUGGCUGUUUUGAAGUGUGCAAAGUGACUUCCUUAGAUGACAUCAAGAGAGAAGGAGAUGUUUUGAACUAGUAUUUGUAUGUGCAUCAUAGUUUUGUAGCUGAGUUUGGAACCACUUGAAUUUAGUUUGCAGUAGAUUUGGCUUCUUAUAAAAAUUUGUGGAUAAUUGUUGUGGCUGAGCAAAUAAUCUUGGGGGAAUAGUUCUCAAAACUUUUUUAGCUGUAAGGGUAACUUCAAGUGACAUCUUAACAAAGGCAGAGGACAAGUCUAAAAUUUUUUUUUUUAUUCCAUUUAUUAGUUAUACCAGUUUUCACAAGGGAAUUAUUCUGUUCUUGUUUUUCAUGUAUUUAAAGUUGGAAUCAAUACCACUAAAAUGUGGAAAGGCAUUGGAUGCUAGGUUUAUUGUGUUUAUAUUCAUAUAUAUCAACUGCUAGAUACCCAUAUAUAAUACAUGUAGCAUUUCUAGAGAGGUUUAAGUAGAAAUUAUAGUCAUUUUUAAACUGCUGUUGUCAAGCUUUUAUUUCUGUUUUGAAUGAUUCUGCGACUCUGUGUACCGAUAUUAUCAUGAUCUUUUCUCUAGCUCGAUUGGGACAACUGGCAGUUGUGGUUUUCAGCAAAAAGAUGUCUUUUUCUCCACAAAAUAUAUUUUCCCUAUUAUUUUUCGUUUAAGUUCAUCUACUUUAAUCAUGCAGAAAAAAGUGCUUGAACACUUGAGGCUACAAAGAAGUCAACAUUUUUAUGUCCUUAUGGCAUGCAAACACAGAAAGUUAAAAUUUUUUACAGCUGAUAUUAGCAGAUGAACAGCAAUGUUUUGUACAUUGAAUCCUGGGUAUCUGAGAGAUAUAAAUUGAAGCUGUCUGUAACCUUCAGUUGUGAACACAUUCUUUAGUUCAGACUGUUAUAUUCUAUUACAAAAAUGAUCUCUUAACCAUUUUUAUGGUGGGAUAACUGCAAGGAAUACCCAUUCCAAUGCUUAGGCAAUUACCUUGAAUUCGUAAUACUCAUACUUGAACAAUCAUUUGAUCAUAAUUGCGACUGAUCUAAUUGUACCAUUUUAUAGAAUUGGCAGCUGGUUUCAAGUGAUGGGUUCAAUUUUUUCAAAUGUAUAUUCAAAUCACCUAAGGGUUGGGUAAAUUUACCCAUUUAUUAAUUACGCAGCUAGCAGUUAUGUUACUUCACACAUUGAUUAUUGUCCCCUCAUUGAACUCCAAAUUCCCUUCCAGAAGUGUUUGAAAAGAUGUUUUCUUUGAAGAAAUUCUUUUCCCUGAUUUGAAGACCAAUUUCCUUUGUGUUCUCCUUGGCUUAGGGCUAGAUUUGUCUGCAAACAGAUACUUUCAUGCUGUAGUAACAGAGAUUUAACAGAUAUUUCUCUUUUGAACAUCGGCUAUAAGGGUUACACUGUAUUUACUUUUCAGAUGUAAUUUCCUGAAAGGUAUUUACAAAAACUACACUCAUGGAACCAACUUGCCUUCUCUUUGGUUGUCAAACUUGCGUCAUGUGAGUCUGCUGAAGGCAUUUUUUUGGUCUGUAGUGAAACAAAGAGUACAGAGUGUAUGUAUUCUUUACCUUUCAAACCCUUGUUUAUUUGUCCAAACCAACUGCUUUACCUUGAAUCAUAUGUUCUUGUAAAGUACUGGAUAUUUCAUCUGAGAAUUAUGAUUGACUGGGAAUCAGGGUUGGCGCAGGGCUGAUGUUAUCUGUUGGUUGUAUCACUUGCUGAUAAUAUUUGCUUCCUCAUCAAAGGUCACAAUUACUUGAGGCUUUAGUGACAUAUUCAAUAAACUUUUUACCUUACAUUGAAAAGUGUGACUUGGGUCUUAGCAAAAGGUUAAACUGGACUCGAGUUGGAUCUGCAAAGGGAUGUCUCAUACAAUCAUAUGGUUUGUUGCAAUGUGUGAAUUGCAACCAUUUUGUGAAAUGAGUUUCAAGGGUUUAUUUAUGCACCAGUAUUGCCAGCAAAGCUGCUAGUAGUCAUAAUAUAUAAGCAACAAAGCAAGCUGAUCUGCAAUCAACAACUGUUUGAGAGGCACAGAGUAAAAUAUUUUCAGUUCUUAGGUUAGUAGUAGUCGUCAAAUGCCUCUGCAUUGUUCUUUGUUAAAUUGCAGUGGAAGCAAACAAAAAACAAUUGCUCAUGUUUUGAAGAAAAUUAUUUGUACAAUCUGAUAUUUGGUAAAAAGAUGCAGUUGUCAAAGAAAAAAAUAUAUACCAUAUUUAAAUUGUAUUGACCCAUUUAAUUGUUAGAGACCAAGUUCCCAAAGCUGGCAUCAGAGUUUAUGACAGCAUUAAGUGCAUCGGUUGUUAGCAUUCAGGGCCAGGUUGUUUGAAAAGUGGUUUGUGAUAAUCUGGGAUUAAAGUUCAACUUGUCCUUGAUUUCUCUUGUGAUAGAGUGCAUAUUAGUACUUACAUUUUGAGGAGUUUUACCCAUGUGAGACAACACUGGAGGAAAUUUAUUAACAAUUAAGACUGUUUGCAAAGCUUCAAAACUAAAUAAAAAAUUGUUGGCUAACCUUUAGUUAGCUUAACAAUGCAGCCCAGAUGAUUAAAACAGCUUAACAAGAUAAGGACUUUCAUUUUUAGACAUCUUUCAAGAUAUACUUCAAUCAAGGGGUUGUUCUGGUGAUGAGUGGAUGGCAUUUUGCUGUAUUAAGCAUUCAAAAUCAAAGUUCAUGCAAUUGUAUCUCAACAUUGCAAACAACUUGGGCACAUAAAAGCAUAUCAAUUUUUUUGGACAUCUAAUUUUGAUUUGGUGUGGGAUCAGUCAAAAGAUCAGUUUAAAAACAAUUUGGGAAAGUUAUAUUGAAAAUCCAUUUCACUGAGUUUUAAAUUUUGUUUGGUAUUGGACUAGUAAAACGAUCUUUUAACAACAUUUCAAAAUCUUUUAAUUUCAUGUGAAAGAGGAGUACAAAAAAUUUAAUUGAACAAUUUAAACAGAGGCUUUCAGGCCUGUGCCUUAUGUUUAAAAAAAUACAUCCAAAUUCCAAUCCAACAAAGAAAGCAGCAGAUUUCGUAGGUGUGUUUCACCAAAGUGAAACGGUGUACCAUUGGAUGUUACAGCCUGGAAAGAGCAAGGUAUGUGAGUGACUUGAGUAAAGUACUGGUAAAGAUCAGCAGUUUAUAAUUUUAAGACAGUAUGUUACGAAAGCAAGUACAGCGUACACUUUAGAAGCAAAGUAAGCAGAGGUCAGCUUAUUUGCUGAUCCUUAAGCCAUGGAUACAGUUAGGUAAACUUAAAUUUUUACAUCUUUUAGUACUUCUUGAGAUAUUAAUAAAAAUUUAUUAACAGAAGUAUGCAAAAGCAGCUGCACCAAGUUGAAUUAAUCAUUGUACUACCUAAGUGGCAUUAGUUUGGGUAAGACAUUUUCUGCUCACAGUGUUUUUGUUUUUACCAAUUCCCUUAUUUUCAUGGAUUCUAAAGAUGGUGUAAUCAGAAGUUAGAGAACACUUUUUUUAUUUAACUUGAGGAAGAGUUGUUGGAUGAAUCUCUUGUUCCAUGUAACUAAGUUUUUUUAGAAUGUUUAGUGGGUAUGCAUCUCCUAUAUCACAACCAACCAUAGUUGAUGGCAAUUGUUUCUGAGUUGUGUUUAAGUGUAAAAUGAACUUGCUGAAUUUGGUCACCUUUUAUUUUAUCGAUUGAAAAUUUUUAAUUGUUAUUCUUAUGUUUAGUUUUGAUAAUUCCUGAAAACUUACUCGGCAAAUCUUAUGCUCUGUGUAUGAAGUUCAAGCAUUGUUGUUAGCUACCACUAGUAGUCAUCGGCAUUAUCUUAUAUGCGGUAAGCAGCGUAAUUCAAUUAUUGCCCCUCGCUGGGGAAAGAAUUUGAAAAAAGUUGCAGAUAUUCAAGUGAACCUUCGUUGACUGGUGUUGAAUGGCAUAUCUGCCGAUGUGAUGCACAUAACAGCUGAAGGUAAUGUACUAUAAGUUCUUAACUCUCAUUACUGAAACUUAGCUUGUUUCAAAAGAUCUAUUAAUCCUGUGCUAAAGUCGAAUCGUUGAUUUAUUGCAAUACUUCAUCUUGCUGCACUCCUGUACCAAACAAUCAUGAUGGUGUAAGCUACAUUGAUCCAGAGUUAUCAAAAUCAGGGUCUAGAAGGUUUCCAAAAUUGAUUAAAUUGUAGCUUUCCUUCCAAGCUUUCUGCAACAUCGCAUUAUUUCAAGGAACAGAGAAUGAAUAAGCAUUUAAGAAUCUUAAACUUUUGGUAGGCUUGCAAUUUCUAGAAAGCUGCCAACCCCAUUAUAAUGUUAUGCAUAUCAUGACCUUAUUUAUUGGCAGUGAAGUUUUAUAAACUUUUGUCUACUUUUUGAAGCAUACUUUUUUACAAUUUGCCAGCUAAGGCAAGGUGACCUUAUUUGUUGCCUGUGCAUUAUUUGUAGCUGAGUUUCUGUCACUACUUUGAAAUAUGUAUCACGAAAAUUUGAAUUACAAAAGGUGAAACAAAAAUACUUUUUAGUUUUCAAUCAGUGAAUCAUCAUCAGGGUACGCAUUUUUGUAGUUGGAAAUAAUGAUGAUGAUAAUGAAAUGAUUGAAGACAUUCAUUGUUUAAGAUCGCAGGUAUAAAGUUUUUCUCGAGUUGGUUUAUUGGUGAAAACAAUUUGAAGAGAGUAGAAACUACUUUGUAUUAGUACCGUAUUAUUUUUUAACUGUUAAUGGGAUUUAAGAGAAGGUUCUAUAAUCUGAUUAGAAAUUGUUUAAAUGAUGAAUCAUAUGCUGUGUGACCUUACUGUUUGAAAAAAAUGUUAGUAAAUACUAAAUUGUUACCGUUUGUUUCACAAUGUGGUCAUUUCAAACAUGGAGUACAAUGUUUAGACUGAAUUCUGUGCAUUGUUUGUCCAGCAUGCGAGCAGUGAAUUGUGGUAAUACACACUACAUUGUGAGACAAACAAUAUCUCUUCAUUAUAACUGUGUUGUGUUAUGAUGAAAAACCACAAACAUUUUUAAGACAUUUAAAAUUUUGUUCUCUAUUUAAGUGAUUCCUUGUUUGUCAGGUGUACUGUUACAUGGAAUAUUAUAUCUCAAAAUAUAAGGAAAACUUCAAUGGAAUAAAAUUUCAAUUGUGAAGCUUUUCAAGCAUCGUCAAUGAGUUCUUUGAUGCUAAUAUUACAGAGAAGGGAAAGUUUUUAUUAUUGUAAAGUGCAUUUGUGUCUGAAGUUGAUUCCUUGUUCACGUUUGUUUUGCAGGAGUACUUAAUUCUGUUAACUUUUCUUAUUCUAAAGAUUUGUUUUGUUGUUUUUGUUUCUUUGUGUUAAGCUUAUUGGUGUCAUUUGAAGAGUGCAGUAACUUCAAAGAGAGGUAAAAGACAAAUGAUGUGUUAUUUCUCUCCUUACCAUGUGACUUGCAAACCAAGAUCGCUUUUGAUCACUUUUCAAUGAGAGCAAAAAGUGGCACUUGUUGCCAAACAUAAGGUAGUGGUAACACUUAGCAAUCACUUAUAGAUUUGAUUCUCAGAGCCACCUUAAUUUGCCUUGCAAAGUUAUCGUUAACAGCUUUAUAAGUUUUUGUGGAAAUGGUUAUACUCAAGCAGUUAUUUUUUUUUAAUUUACAGAUUGAAAUUGUAACUUACCCAGCUAUGGGAGGAUUUCCUGUCAUUAUUGUGUGUGGUUACAAAGUUGAAGGUAGGCUCAGUGGUCAUUUGAAAUGUUAACCUGUUUCAGCACUUAAUACUUUUACCGUAAGUUUGUUUGUAGUGCUGGUGCAAUGAUGAAAUGUGUUUUUAUGAUAGUGUUGUUUGCAGCAGAGCCAGCAAUGGUUGAACCCACUGCUGCAACUUCACUUGGUUGAUCAUUAACUCAGCUUGGCUGAAGUCUGAUGCACACAUGCACCCAAUGCAUAAAUGGCCGACCCCAAUUGGGAUUAUUUUGUAUUCAGAUAGAUAAGCUCAACUAGCAUUAUCAGUACGUCCAAGAAUCAUAAAAAAUCUCAACUCAAAGAUGAGGCUCAUUGAGCUAAUUUUACAUGAGUACAAGAGAAUACCAAUCGGGCCUGCCAUUUAUCCAUUCUGUCCAUUUCAAUGGGUACUUCAGAUUACACUGUAUAUCACUCUGAAACUGUUAUUAGUCAAUCUCAAGAGGGAUCAAUGUUUAUUUUCAGGUUUACUGCCCCACAUGGCAGAGCAAGGAAUACCAAGUUGAGAGUUGAUUCACUAUCAAUUUGUAAGCCCAAUUUUUGGAAGAGUUACAGAUGAAAGCUAGGGAACAAAGGGGAACAAAAGUCACCAAAGUUUUGACAGCACAGAAAACAAAUUAUGUGCGUUCAAACAGGUACAUGGAAAAAACAUAUGAAAUCUAUGUCAGUUAUAAACCUUUCUGUUUAGACACAUUGAACUAAUUUAAUUUAUUACAAUGCAAUUCAGAGUAACUUAUUGUAGGCACAGAAUCAUAAUGUAGUAUGGGGACACAGGGAAAAUAUUUGACUUAUGAAAGGACGCUGGCAUGAUUUACAUUAAUUUGAUCUGUGCACUAAAAAGGCCUUAUGACUUGUGGAUAUUGUGAAGUGAAGCUAACACUUGUUACCAGAUUUAAAAUAGAAAUUCUUCAAUACAGUCCCCCUUUCAUUUCAUUGUAAAAAAGUUGAAAGAAUUUUUUUUAAUCAAGAUACCGCUACCUCGUACGCUUGUGCAUUUUAAUUCCCUGCGUACUGGAUGAUCGGUCACAGUGUUGAUAUUCUGAGGAGAAGCCGCAUGUUUUCUCCCAGUGUAAAAUCCCAUGGAUCAAUGUGCAGUGAUGACAUUAUGCAAGUGAGAUAGUGUUUGUUUGUAUCAGAGCCAGCAAUGGUUGAACCCACUGUUACAGCUUCACUCAGUUGAUCACAAAAUCAGCUUGGCUGAUGUCUGAAGCGCAUGUUAUUUAAGUUGUUGCUUUCUUGAUAAAUACUGUGUGGUCUUUGUGAACUGGAUAAAGUUAAUUUUUCGUUGACACAUCUUAACGCAAACGUAAUGUUAUGUCACUACGAAAUUUCGCUGCAUUUUCUUUUCCCUGUGACCAAAAAUAAUUUCCUAUUUAUCGCAUACAAUUUUUACUUUUUAAUAUUACUAACUCAAAUGCUAUUGUUUUUGUUUAGAUAUUUCGACAGCACAAGGAGUAAAUGAGGAAUGGCUUCAUUUGUUUUUACAUUUGGUCGUUGUAAAUUUAGCAGCUAGAUUCCAUCUUGCCAUGCAUUUGUUCGGUAAUAGAUGACGUUAAAAUGUUGUAAGAAUGUAAGUGUUUCGCUUGGAGCAGCCAAGUGUCUUACUGAUGUUCUUAACUUAUUUUGACGCCGUCUGUGAACCAUCAGUGAACAGACGCUUAGCAACAUGUUGUCUGUCUGUGUUUUUUAAUUAAAAAAAAAAAGCUAUAUCUUAGCGUCUGUUCUUGUACCAUUAAGAAUACGGGUUGAAUGCAGCAUAUAUAUAACAUCGUAGUUGUUUUUGGUUUUGAAGCCCUGUUGCAAACCUUUUCAGUAUUCUCAAAUUGUUGAGGUGGUUUUUGGAGGGUGUGUCAUGUUCUUCUGGGAUGAUUUGCGACGGAUUUUUUUGUUUGGAUGUUACAAGGCUCCUUUCCCUAUUUGAUGUAAGCAAUUCUCAAGUGCCUGGUUGCGGUUCAGUGAGUUAAGUUAGAGGUAAAACUGGUGUUCCUCCCCAUCUCCUCCCCUCCCCCCUCUACUCCGAAGAGGCAGACGGGCC